GGGUUGACCAAUCACCGAGCUCAUCGCUGAGGCUUCGCUCAACGCACUCCGCCAUUUUGUAGCGCUUUAAGAAAACUCAGCCAAGCAACAAAGUUGCGGAUCAGAGCUGCUGUUCCUCGGUGUGCAAUGGACGGCCGUCUAGAGACUGAAUUGUAUCCUAUGGGAUCAAGUUACGCAGAAUUAGACGUUGUUCACGAUAUUGCAGUUGGCACGAAGAGAGGAUCUGACGAGCUGUUCUCCUGUGUUUCCAGUGGGCCCUAUAUCAUGAGCACAGCAGCCAACGGCAACGACAGCAAGAAGUUCAAAGGUGAAAUCAGAAGUCCCGCCGCCCCGUCCAGAGUUAUACAUGUCCGGAAGCUACCCAAUGACAUCAACGAAGCAGAGGUCAUCUCCCUCGGCCUUCCAUUUGGCAAAGUCACCAAUCUGCUCAUGCUAAAGGGAAAGAACCAGGCUUUCUUGGAAAUGAAUACCGAAGAAGCAGCACAGACGAUGGUUACUUACUACUCCUCCGUAACGCCCGUCAUCAGAAAUCAUCCCAUCUUCAUGCAGUACUCCAACCACAAAGAGCUGAAAACAGACAACUCACCAAACCAAGUGAGGGCACAGGCAGCACUGCAGGCAGUAAAUGCUGUCCAGACAGGUAGCAUGACUUUAGGUGCUGUUGACCCAUCCGGUAUGACUGGCCCCAGCCCUGUCCUGAGAGUCAUCGUUGAAAACCUCUUCUACCCCGUGACCUUAGAUGUCCUGCACCAGAUCUUCUCCAAGUUUGGCACAGUGCUGAAAGUGAUCACAUUCACCAAAAACAACCAAUUUCAAGCUCUACUCCAGUUUGCUGAUGGCCUGACAGCUCAACAUGCCAAGCUGGCUUUAGAUGGCCAGAACAUCUACAACGGCUGCUGUACCCUGCGCAUUAGCUUUUCCAAACUUACCAGCUUAAAUGUCAAAUACAAUAAUGACAAGAGCCGUGACUACACUCGUCCAGACCUGCCCACAGGGGACAGCCAGCCUGCUCUUGAACAUCACGCUGUGGCUGCUUUCGCUACUCCCGGGAUCAUCUCUGCCUCACCAUACGCGGGAGCACACGCCUUCCCUCCGGCUUUUGCUAUCCAGCAGGCUGCAGGGUUGACAAUACCUGGGGUUCAUGGAGCCCUCGCCUCACUGGCCAUUCCUGGGGCAGCAGCGGCCGCUGCGGCUGCAAGCAGACUCGGCUUCCCCUCCCUCCCCGGCACCCACUGCGUCAUGCUGGUCAGCAACCUGAACCCAGAGAGAGUUACGCCCCACUGCCUCUUUAUUCUCUUCGGUGUAUAUGGGGAUGUAUUGAGAGUGAAAAUCAUGUUCAACAAAAAGGAGAACGCUCUCAUACAGAUGUCUGAUGGGACACAGGCUCAGCUCGCAAUGAGCCAUCUAAGCGGGCAGAAGUUAUACGGCAGGCCCCUGCGCAUCACACUGUCCAAACACACGACUGUCCAGAUGCCACGGGAGGGACAUGAAGACCAGGGUCUUACCAAAGACUACAGCAACUCUCCUCUCCAUCGCUUUAAGAAGCCAGGCUCAAAAAACUACUCCAACAUCUUUCCUCCCUCAUCUACCCUGCACCUGUCUAACAUCCCACCCGCCGUUGUUGAAGAUGACCUCAAGAUGCUCUUUGCUAGCAGUGGUGCUCUCGUCAAGAACUUCAAGUUUUUUCAGAAGGAUCGCAAGAUGGCUCUGAUUCAGAUGGGUUCUGUGGAGGAAGCAAUCGAGUCCCUUAUCCAGUUCCACAACCAUGAUCUCGGAGAAAACCACCAUCUUAGGGUUUCCUUCUCCAAGUCCACCAUUUGAGAUAAAUAUUGUCUAGAAUGGGUGGGAGCGGCCAGUCAUUUUAAACCUAAAUGAGUCUUAAUCACUUAAGCUCACUUCCAUCAUUCCAUUUUUUUAUUUAAGAGGCAUUUUAGUGGAUAUUUACAAAUGUACUUUUAUUUUAUUUUAUUCAAAGUUUUAGAACAGGUAUAUUAUUAGUUUGCCCCGAAAACUGUAUUUAUCACUCCAUCUAUCAUUUACAGUCUAGUUAAGGCUUGUAAAAAUGAUUUCAGUAGAAGCAGAGAUGAACCACUUCAGGCCUUUGAUUCUAUUUGUACCAUUUGUGCCUUCAGAUCUCUAGAACCUCAGUCAAACAUCUGCGACUAAUGUUUGCAAAUCUGUGGUUUACAGUCCAUUUCGUGCCCUCAGGGCCAAACAUUGACACUCCUAUGAGACAUGGGUAAUUUCAUCAGGCUGAUGGUACAGGCCUUAAACUCUGCACCUCUGCGUUAUGUAUCUCCCAGUAGGCUCGUAUUCAUCAUAUCCUCUAGCUUUAGCGUUUAUACUGUAUUUUAGACAUAGAAUGUUUACAGGCAUUUUUCUCCAAGUUACUGCAAUCAUUUGUGGUUAAAUCCUAUAGUGUUGUCAAGAUUUGUAUUGUUUUUAUACUGUGGGCCAUUGCAUGUUGGCUGUGGUCAGUGGAUCAUUAAGUGCUGACCAUUUACUGUUUGUCCUGUAUUUUGCAUAGAUGUUCAGUGUCAGGCUUCAUGUUAUUGUGUCAUAUAGUAGAUUAUUUAAGCUAUUCUACUCCAAUGCCCCAUGUAUUUUAUGUAUUCAUGUACCUAUGUGUACACUACAGCUUGAUACCAAAGCCUUUCCUCCAUGUACCUUCGUAAGAGACAUCCUGACACCUUUUAGCCUCACAACAAACAGCAUGUACAAACAUGUCCUUUCAGAGUGUCUUGACACUUUCCCUUCUUUGUAGAGAACUGUAGUGUGAUGGAAAGAGUUCAAGUGAAUUGGGAUGAGUGAAAGACAUGACUGAUAAUCAGCAGACCUGCUGAAUUGUGCACAUCAUAAUGCUGCGAUCUGACACAAUGGCCUUCAGUGACCUCUGUAAAAUGAGUUUGGGCCUUUGAAAUCUGACAAGUGCCUUUUUAAAAUGUCUUGGUUGACUCACAGCAGUCCAUCCUGGUGACAUUCAGCUGCAUUAACUUUCAAAAGAUGUUUUAUGAAAGGCCUGAUGAUGGCCUCAAUUUGGCACUCAGACCGAAAUUAUAAAGAAAACUGAAUCUACUUUGUUUAUAUUAUAUUCCCGGCAAUGUUUCAUAAUGGAUCAAGUUAUUUUACUUUAAUAUUUUACAUUUUCUCAUUCAGUUCUGUGUUGUUGUUUUUUUUCUUCUUUGUUAUAUGUUUUACAAUUUGUGUGGGACCAAUCAAAAAAAAAAAAAAAAGGUGGCGCUUUAAAAAAAAUGCAAAUGCUCCUUGGAUAUAGAAAAAAGCCGCUUUAUAAUUUUUGAGAACAUUGAUUCUUCACAGUGGCUGGAUAACCUGAUUAUGCAUCCUUGCACAACAUUAAAAACCCUCAAUUUACAACAUCUGCCUUAGAUAAAGUGCUUUUUCUUAUAGUGGACAGAUGAGGUGUAAAUACUAUUUUUGUAUCACAAUGUUAAAAGUUAUGGGUUUUUAUAUUUCCUGAAAACAUGUAUAUUUUGAUUACAGCUAUGGAUCAUCAUCAUGCAAAAAUAUAGUUAAAUAUAAAAUGGUUAAAAAUCAGGAUUACACUGUUUUCAGUCUUUAAUCUUGUUUUUCAUGGCAUUCCUAGUUGUACUUUUUGCCUUCAAUAAAUAUUUCUUUACUCAAGUCUGUAUACAUGACGUUUAUUCAUGUGUCAAUAAAUAAAGGACAGCUGCAAUACUUUUACGAGUGACUUUAUAACUGAAAUGACAUGCAUCACACAAGUACGAAAGAGUUUGGACUAAAAGUUAAAUCAUUCUAUGACCUUUGCGGAAACGCCUCGCGUGGCGUUAUUCCCGAAAUCGGAAUUGAGUAACAACCGUCGUAUUUGCGUUGUAUAUGGUUCAGGCAACAGAAAAUCUCACAAUAACCACAGUCUACAUCAAAAUAAUACAGUAUUAAUGUUUUAACCCUCUGGAAAAGGGAGAGUAGAACGUGUUAAUGGGAACCUGGUCUCGUUGUUAAUUCCCCUCAGGAGACAAUUUACCGUAACACUACGUGUGCUCACUGCUGUCGUCACGUCUUCGAUCAGGAAGAGGAACUGGAUUCAGUCGUUAAAGCGAACUUCAUAUUUGUUUGUGGAUCUUCUCUUGCCUUUAAAAACCACGAACUCAAGCUACUAUGAAACAUCUAAGACUUCUGCCUCUGCUUUUGACUUUGUGGGCAGUUUCUUACGCCGAUGACACGAGCAAUGGGCUGAAGAUCAGUACUACUAAACAACCCGCACUCAAGAACAAUUCCAGCAUCAGCAACAGUACCGAAAAGUCCGAUAAAAACAUCACCACCACUACCAACAACACCAGCAAAAUGGGCUUCGAUGUGAACGGCGCGAUGAUUAACCGGGCUCUAUAUGUUCUUAUCGGGAUCACGGCCAUCGGAGUUCUGUAUUUCUUAGUGAGAGCGGUCCGUCUGAAAAAAAAGGGUGUUCAGAGGAAGAAAUACGGGCUCCUUUCAAACUAUGACGACACAAUGGAGAUGGCCCACCUGGAAAGCGAUGAGGACGAUAACACUGUUUAUGAAGCCAAAUCUUUGAGAAGAUGAAUCUCUGGGGAUGUUUGACACUGCCAUAAAAAGAAUGUAAUGAAGACAAUCCCAUUAUGUACCAAAAUGGUUGUUGAAUGAUUUUGUUGUCGUUUUCAACCAUGAGAGGAUCUAGUCACGAAGCUUGGAUGAUUUUGCUCCAAGAAUUAAAAGUGGAAGGUGUAGUUUUAAACUAGAUGACUACAUUUUGGACUGAUACGACCAAAUAGAUCUUCUUCGAAAUUUCUUGGAAGGUCAUACGUUUUUUUUUUUUGGGUGUGGAAAGAAAGUUGGCAAGAGGAUCAAAACUGUGUUUUGUGCCAAAAUUACUUAUGCAUCAUUUUUAAGGGUUUGAAACUCUUGAGUGAGUCAAUGUGUGUUAAUUAAUAUUGUAAAAAAUAAAAACUUCCCCUCAUUUCCAAUUUACAAACACUGACA